UCCAUACUCCUCUAGAGUAGCUGAGGAUCCUUCAUUCUCAUUUCUCCUCGUGCUUCACCACCUCCUCCACCAGCUCUUCCCCCUGGAAGUGCUGCCAUGAGACGAUAUUUCUCUGGAUAUGGGGACAGGAGUUUCAGUUCUUCUUCUGCUCACUGCGGGACCUUGGGUGGUGGAGAUGGGAGAUUCGGAGGGUUUGGGCAUGGGUAUGGCAGCAGGAGCCUCCACAACCUUGGAGGGUUCAGGAAUGUCUAUACUGGUGGAGGCUAUGGAGGAGAAGGAGUAAGAUAUGGGAGAUGCCUUGGGUUUGGUGGCUGGAGACAACCUGAGAGGGGUUUUGGUGGAAAAGAAUAUUUUGUGGGAGGUUUUCAAAGUGGUAGAACAGGGCUUGGUGGCACCUACAGAGGAGGUUCAGGCAGGGAGGUACUCGGGGGAGGCAUAGGGGAACAAGGAGCUGGGCAGGGAUUGGGACGGGCCGGAGUUCUCCGAGGCAUUGAGGAGGUCCAUGUGGACACCAACCUGCUGAGGCCAAUACGGCUCCAGGUGGACCCCGAGUUCCAGCGAGUGCGCUCAGAUGAGAGGGAGCAGAUCAAAGCUCUCAACAACAAAUUUGCAUCAUUCAUCGAGAAGGUUCAAUGUCUGGAGCAGCAGAAUCAGGCACUCUUGGCCAAGUGGGAACUUCUGCAGCAGCAGAGCUCCAGCCCUGAAGAGAGCAGAAACAUCAACAACUUUUUCCAGUCGUACAUCACCAACCUGCAGCGGCAGCUUGAGACGCUCCAGAGCCAGAAGGAGCAGCUGGAUCCUGAGGCCUACAACAUGCUCCAGCUUGUUGAGGAUUAUAAAAACAGAUUUGAGGAGGAGAUCAACAACCGCACGUCCAAGGAGGAGGAAUUUGUGGAGCUUAAAAAGGAACUGGAUAGUGCCUACAUGGGAAAAAUGGAGUUUGAUGUCCGAGUGGAUAUCCUGACGCAGGAGCUGGAGUUCCUACGGUGUUUAUAUGAAGCUGAGCUGUCCCAGCUGCAAACAGUUGUUGGGAACGUUGACGUUGUUCUGUCCAUGGACAACCACAGGGACCUGAACAUGGAUGGGAUCAUCGAGGAGGUCAGGCAGGAAUACGAGGGGAUGGCCCAGAGGAGCACGGCUGAAGUGGAUGCCAUGUACCGGGGCAGGUACCAGGACCUGCAGAACCUGUGGGUGAGUCAACGAGAACAACUGAGGAACAGUCACCAGGAAAUCCAGGAACUUGCCAGGCAGAUCCAAAGACUCCAACCAGAAAUUGAAAUCGCAAGGAAAAGGAAUUCCAGUCUACAGGACUCCAUUAAAGAUGCUGAGCACCGUGGGAGCUCGGCCAUCAGAGACGGCCAGGAAAAGCUAGAGGAGCUGGAAAAUGCCCUCCAACAGGCCAAGGAUGACCUUUCUCAGCUUGUCCAUGAUUACCAGGAGCUCCUGAAUGUGAAGCUGGGCCUGGACAUUGAGAUUGCCAUGUAUCGCUCACUCCUGGACGAGGAGGAGAACAGGAUCCAAGAAGGAUCACCAGCCAUGAUCUGUGUCAUUGACCACAAUGCCAGAGCUUCUGCAGUCUUUGGAGGCAUAAAAAGUGGGAAGGGUAUAAUGAGUUCUGGUGGUGGGAGCAGAACGAAAGGGCCAGUCACUGGAGGGGGAAAAGGUGGAAGCUCUGGAAGGGGUGGAUCCAGCUUAGGUGGGAGUGGGUCCAUCUCUGGAGGUGGAAAAGGCUCAGGAUAUGGAGGAGGAGGAAGUUCCGGCAGUGGAGGCUCCAUGUCCAAGGGUGGCAGCAGCUCUGGAGGAUGGGGGUCCAGCUCUGGUGGUGGAAAAGGCUCAGGAUCUGGAGGAGGAGGAAGUUCUGGCAGUGGAGGCUCCAUCUGUGGAGGAGGAGGAAGUUCAGGUGGUGGAGGCUCCAUGUCCAAGGGUGGCAGCAGCUCUGGAGGGUGGGGGUCUAGCUCUGGUAGUGGAAAAAGUUCAGGAUGUGGAGGAGGAAGUUCAGGUGGUGGAGGCUCCAUGUCCAAGGGUGGCAGCAGCUCUGGAGGGUGGGGGUCUAGUUCUAGUAGUGGAAAAGGUUCAGGAUGUGGAGGAGGAGGAAGUUCUGGCAGUGGAGGCUCCAUGUCCAAGGGUGGCAGCAGCUCUGGAGGAUGGGGGUCCAGCUCUGGUGGAGGUGGUUCCAUUUCUGGUGGUGGAAAAGGCUCAGGAUCUGGAGGAGGAGGAAGUUCUGGCAGUGGAGGCUCCAUCUGUGGAGGAGGAGGAAGUUCAGGUGGUGGAGGCUCCAUGUCCAAGGGUGGCAGCAGCUCUGGAGGGUGGGGGUCUAGCUCUGGUAGUGGAAAAAGUUCAGGAUGUGGAGGAGGAAGUUCAGGUGGUGGAGGCUCCAUGUCCAAGGGUGGCAGCAGCUCUGGAGGGUGGGGGUCCAGCUCUAGUAGUGGAAAAGGUUCAGGAUGUGGAGGAGGAGGAAGUUCUGGCAGUGGAGGCUCCAUGUCCAAGGGUGGCAGCAGCUCUGGAGGAUGGGGGUCCAGCUCUGGUGGAGGUGGUUCCAUUUCUGGUGGUGGAAAAGGCUCAGGAUCAGGAGGUGGGAGCAGUUCUGGCAGUGGAGGCUCCAUCUGUGGAGGAGGAGGAAGUUCUGGCAGUGGAGGCUCCAUGUCCAAGGGUGGCAGCAGCUCUGGAGGAUGGGGGUCCAGCUCUGGUGGAGGUGGUUCCAUUUCUGGUGGUGGAAAAGGCUCAGGAUCUGGAGGAGGAGGAAGUUCUGGCAGUGGAGGCUCCAUGUCCAAGGGUGGCAGCAGCUCUGGAGGAUGGGGGUCUAUCUCUGGUGGUGGUAAAGGCUCAGGAUCUGGAGGGCAAGGAAGCUCUAGCAGUGGAGGUUCCAUGUCUGGAGGUGGCCAGAGCUCCAUUGGUCAUGGAUCUAGCUCUGGCAGUGGCAGAUGCAGCCCCCAAAGUGGUGGGAUGAGCUCUGGAGGAGGGAGUAGCUCUGGCAGGGGGGGCUCCAUGUCUGGGGGUGUAAGACAGGGAAGUUCCUGUCAUGAAGGUUGCAUGUCUGGAGGUGGCCAGACCGCUGGAGGAUGGGGGUCCAGCUCUGGGGGGUGCAGCCCCCAGAGUGGGGGGAUGAGCUCUGGAGGAGGGAGCAGUUGUGGCCGGAGAGGCUCCAUGUCUGGAGGUGGCCAGAGCUCCGGUGGUCAUGGAUCCAGCUCUGGCAGUGGCAGCUGCAGUGCCCAGGGUGGGGGGAUGAGCUCUGGAGGAUGGAGCAGUUGUGGCCGGAGAGGCUCCAUGUCUGGAGGUGGAGGACAAGGAAGCUCUGGCAGUGGAGGCUCCAUGUCUGGAGGUGGCCAGAGCUCCAGUGGUCAUGGAUCCAGCUCUGGCAGUGGCAGCUGCAGUGCCCAGAGUGGGGGGAUGAGCUCUGGAGGUGGGAGCAGUUGUGGCCGGAGAGGCUCCAUGUCUGGAGGUGGAGGACAAGGAAGCUCUGGCAGUGGAGGCUCCAUGUCUGGAGGUGGCCAGAGCUCCAGUGGUCAUGGAUCAGGCUCUGGCAGUGGCAGCUGCAGUGCCCAGAGUGGGGGGAUGAGCUCUGGAGGAGGGAGCAGUUGUGGCCGGAGAGGCUCCAUGUCUGGAGGUGGAGGACAAGGAAGCUCUGGCAGUGGAGGCUCCAUGUCUGGAGGUGGCCAGAGCUCCAGUGGUCAUGGAUCCAGCUCUGGCAGUGGCAGCUGCAGUGCCCAGAGCGGGGGGAUGAGCUCUGGAGGAGGGAGCAGUUGUGGCCGGAGAGGCUCCAUGUCUGGAGGUGGAGGACAAGGAAGCUCGGGCAGUGGAGGCUCCAUGUCUGGAGGUGGUUCCAGUUCUGGUGGAUAUGGAUCAGGCUCUGGCAGCUGCAGCCCCCACAGUGGGGGGAUGAGCUCUGGAGGUUGGAGCAGUUCUGGCAGGAGAGGCUCCAUGUCUGGAGGUGGUGGAAGCUCAGGUCAUGGAGGAUCCAAUUAUGGCAGCAGUGGGUGCGUUGGUGGAGGAGAAGGAGGUUCAGGGUAUGGAGGGAGCUCAGGAUAUGGAGGUGGCUCUGGCAGGAGAGGCUCCAUGUCGGGAGGUGGUGGAAGCUCAGGUCAUGGUGGAUCCAGUUAUGGCAGUGGUGGCUGCAUUGGUGGAGGAGAAGGUGGCUCAGGGUAUGGAGGAAUAGGAAGCUCGGGCAGGAGAGGCUCCAUCUCUGGUGGUGGGGAAGGAGGAGGAAGCUCAGGCCAUGGUGGAUCCAGUUAUGGCAGUGGUGGCUGCAUUGGUGGAGGAGAAGGUGGCUCAGGGUAUGGAGGAAUAGGAAGCUCGGGCAGGAGAGGCUCCACAUCUGGAGGUGGUGGAACCUCUGGAGGGUUGGGAUCGGGCUCUGGCAGUGGUGGGAGCAGUUCUGGAGGAGGAAUCAGCUCAGGCUAUGGAGGAAGCUCAGGCAGUGGAGGAUCAAGCUCUGGGUGCAUUGGUGGAGGAGAAGGCGGCUCAGGGUAUGGGGGAAGCUCAGGCAGGAGAGGCUCCAUGUCUGGAGGUGGUUCCAGUUCUGGUGGAUAUAGAUCAGGCUCUGGCAGCUGCAGCCCCCACAGUGGGGGGAUGAGCUCUGGAGGUUGGAGCAGUUCUGGCAGGAGAGGCUCCACGUCUGGAGGUGGUCACACCUCUGGUGGAUAUGGAUCAGGCUCUGGCAGCUGCAGCCCCCACAGUGGGGGGAUGAGCUCUGGAAGCUGGACUGGUUCUGGCAGGAGAAGCUCCAUGUUUGGUGGUGGUGGAAGCUCAGGUCAUGGAGGAUCCAGUUAUGGCAGCAGUGGGUGCGUUGGUGGAGGAGAAGGAGGUUCAGGGUAUGGAGGGAGCUCAGGAUAUGGAGGUGGCUCUGGCAGGAGAGGCUCCAUGUCGGGUGGUGGUGGAAGCUCAGGUCAUGGAGGAUCCAAUUAUGGCAGCAGUGGGUGCGUUGGUGGAGGAGAAGGAGGUUCAGGGUAUGGAGGGAGCUCAGGAUAUGGAGGUGGCUCUGGCAGGAGAGGCUCCAUGUCGGGAGGUGGUGGAAGCUCAGGUCAUGGUGGAUCCAGUUAUGGCAGUGGUGGCUGCAUUGGUGGAGGAGAAGGUGGCUCAGGGUAUGGAGGAAUAGGAAGCUCGGGCAGGAGAGGCUCCAUCUCUGGUGGUGGGGAAGGAGGAGGAAGCUCAGGCCAUGGUGGAUCCAGUUAUGGCAGUGGUGGCUGCAUUGGUGGAGGAGAAGGUGGCUCAGGGUAUGGAGGAAUAGGAAGCUCGGGCAGGAGAGGCUCCACAUCUGGAGGUGGUGGAACCUCUGGAGGGUUGGGAUCGGGCUCUGGCAGUGGUGGGAGCAGUUCUGGAGGAGGAAUCAGCUCAGGCUAUGGAGGAAGCUCAGGCAGUGGAGGAUCAAGCUCUGGGUGCAUUGGUGGAGGAGAAGGCGGCUCAGGGUAUGGGGGAAGCUCGGGCAGGAGAGGCUCCAUGUCUGGAGGUGGUUCCAGUUCUGGUGGAUAUGGAUCAGGCUCUGGCAGCUGCAGCCCCCACAGUGGGGGGAUGAGCUCCGGAAGCUGGAGUGGCUCAGGCAGGAGAGGCUCCACGUCUGGAGGUGGUGGAAGCUCAGGUCAUGGAGGAUCCAGUUAUGGCAGCAGUGGGUGCAUUGGUGGAGGAGAAGGAGGUUCAGGGUAUGGAGGGAGCUCAGGGUAUGGAGGUGAAUCUGGCAGGAGAGGCUCCAUGUCGGGAGGUGGUCACAGCUCUGGAGGGUUGGGAUCGGGCUCUGGCAGUGGUGGGAGCAGUUCUGGAGGAGGAAUCAGCUCUGGCUAUGGAGGAAGCUCAGGCAGUGGAGGAUCAAGCUCUGGGUGCAUUGGUGGAGGAGAAGGCGGCUCAGGGUAUGGGGGAAGCUCAGGCAGGAGAGGCUCCAUGUCUGGAGGUGGUUCCAGUUCUGGUGGAUAUGGAUCAGGCUCUGGCAGCUGCAGCCCCCACAGUGGGGGGAUGAGCUCUGGAGGUUGGAGCAGUUCUGGCAGGAGAGGCUCCACGUCUGGAGGUGGUGGAAGCUCAGGUCAUGGAGGAUCCAGUUAUGGUAGUGGUGGGUCCAUCUGUGUGGGCGAAGCGGGCUCAGGGUAUGGAGGAGGAAGCUCUGUCAGGAGAGGCUCCAUCUCUGGUGGUGGGGAAGGAGGAGGAAGCUCAGGCCAUGGUGGAUCCAGUUAUGGCUGUGGUGGGUGCAUUGGUGGAGGAGAAGGUGGCUCAGGGUACGGAGAAGGGUCAGAAUAUGGGGGAGUCUCUGGGUAUGGUGGAGGCUCAGGAUAUGGAGGAGGAAGCUCAGGCAGGAGAGGAUCAAUCUCAGGAGGAGGAGGAGGAAGCUCCUCUGUAGUUUGGGGAUCGAGCUCUGCUGGAACUUGCAGCCCUGGUAGUGGGGGGGAAGGAAGCUGUGAUUGCUCUGGAGGGGACAGUUGUUAUGUUGGAACCACCUGUGAAUACGGGACACCCAGCUGCAGAGGUGAGACUGAGGAAUGCCGGUCAGGAGGAGAGUGGUUUUCUGCAAGCCCAGGUUACUGGUCUGGCUAUGGAAGUGGCUCAGGUUCCCCUGGAGAUGCUGCCCACAAGUAAAACUCAGAUGCAAAAUCUCACCAGUGGAACAGGAUGAAGUUGUUCCCCCUCAUUGUUGGGGGCAAUGAGACUUUCCUGCUGUCAUCACUGAUCUGGACGGGCUGUGCAUCAUCCUGAGCUCUCCCUGCACAACCAUCCCUGGACUCUCCAGGGAUCCCACUCCUUUGCUGGAUGCUGAUAUUGUGAUGGUGUCCCUUUCUUGGGCUUUCUCAGAGCUUUUAAUCUCAGGCUGUGUGGAACUUUUAUCUUUGGCAACUAAAAGCUUGAAACCCUGA